UUUACACGGUCGUGCUGCACCUCAAGAACGAGCUGAACCGCGGCACCUUUUUCAUGACGCUGCAGAACCAGCCCGUGGCCCUGAGCCUGUACAGGCAGUUCUGCCGGCACCAGGAGCGGGACACGCUGAAGGAUCUGUACAACCAGGACGACAACCACCAGGAGCUGGGCAACUUCCACGUGCACUCCAGCUACUCUGAGAAGCGGAUCGAGGGCCGAGUGGGGGCCCUGCAGAACGCCCUGGACGAGUUCAACAAGGCCAGGAACGACUUCGCUGCCAAGGCCACCGAGGAGCAGAUCAAGCUGCUGCGGCUGCAGCGGCACCUGCAGGAGGACUUUGACAAGCCCUACCUGGACCUGUCCCUGCAUGACACCGUGUCCACCCUCAUCCUGGACGGGCACCACAAGCGGGCGGAGCAGCUCUACCGGGAGUUCAAGAUCCCCGACAAGAGGUACUGGUGGCUGAAGAUCAGCGCCUUGGCCACGCGGGGGGACUGGGAGGAGAUGGAGAAGUUCUCCAAGAGCAAGAAGUCGCCCAUCGGGUACCUGCCCUUCGUGGAGGUGGCGGUGAAGCACCACAACCGGUACGAGGCCCGCAAAUACGCCCCCCGGGUGCCCCCCGAGCAGCGGGUCAAGGCCUUUGUCCUCGUGGGGGACCUGGAGCAGGCGGCCGAGGCGGCCAUGGAGCACAAGAGCGAGGCCGAGAUGAACCUGGUGCUGUCCCGCUGCUCCCCCGGCACCGACGGCGCCCUGGCCGAGAAACUCACCCGGGCCCGGGCACAGCUGCUCAAGAAGUGACCCCGGGGGGGCUGCAGGGACGCCCCCAGCCCCUGACGGCCCCCUCCUGGGGAUCUGUGCCCCGGGUAUGGGGAUGGCAGCGAGGUGUCCGUGUCCUCCGGCAGCUGCUCCCAGCGCGAGUUUGGGAAACAAAACACGGCACCGGGACCCCCAAGUGGUGCAGGACCCCCAGCCUGGGGGCAGGGGGACCCCCACCCUCCCACCACGGCCCCUCCCUCCCGGUUCAAUAAAGAGAAGAGCUCCCGCUCCUGUC